CCCUGAGUCGAGAUAGUUGUUUUGCGUAGACAAAAAUUCUAGUUGAAGACAUUGUGAUAGUAUUUUUAUGUUUGUCGUUUUAAUAAAGAGUAAAUUCAGUUGUGUGUUUCACUAUGGACCUCUACAACGUUGUGGGUUUGCUGGGACAGGGCACAUUUGGAACGAUUCAUUUAUGUGAGAGAAAACACAACCAACAAAAAAUCGUCAUUAAGCGAAUCAACGUCGAGCUCAAUGGGGCCAACACAGAAGGCGCAAAGAACGAAGUCGCGGUCCUAAAAUCGCUAAACCAUCCCAACGUAAUCCAAUUUUACGACAGUUUUAUGAAAAGCGGCUCGUUGUACAUCGUCAUGGAGUACGCGAAUAAGGGAACCCUCUUCGACCUGAUCUCCCGCAUCAAGCCCAAGAGGUUCACGCCGCAGACCGUCAUGAACCUAUUUUGCCAAAUUCUAAUGGGUCUGAACCACAUCCACGCGCGCAAAGUGAUCCAUCGCGACCUCAAGACCGAAAACAUUUUCCUCACCGGACUGCGAGCCGAUGUUAUCAAAAUUGGAGAUUUCGGAAUUUCCAAAAUCCUCCUCAACAACAAAAACGCCCACACGGUCAUCGGCACUUGCAACUACGUGGCCCCGGAAUUGUGCGAUGGCAAGCCGUACGACAUCAAAUCGGACAUUUGGUCCCUUGGGUGCGUUUUAUACGAACUGUGUGCCCUCGAACGCAUGUAUGAAGGAACGAUUUAUAACGUGGUUUUGGCCAUCGCUGCUGGGCAGAAGAAAGUGGUUGAUGUGAGUUAUUACGGCAUUCAGAUGCAGCAAAUGAUUGAGUUAAUGGUGCAAGUUGAUCCGAAUGACCGGCCUGAUACAACGGCUUUGAUGAGUCUGAGCGAUGUUUUCCCGAGCUUGCACGUCCUGGGGACCAAUUUGGGGUGCAUUUCCAAGGGGGCCAAGUUUGAUUUUAAUGCGGUUUGAGGUUUUAUUGUAAUUAUUAUGAAGAAAUAAAUUACCAGUUUUUA